UCUCUACCUCUUCCUUCAACAUCUCUACCUCUACGUCUUAUAUUAGCAGGUCUACUUCUUCGUAGUUCUUGUCCUCGCGCUCCUCGACCAGCGGCUCUAUUAAAUUGCUGGUGCCGCUCGUCUCCCCCUGGCGAAGACGGCCCAGGACUAGUCACCUCUUAAGAGACCACAUUUUCUGGCCCUGCUUCGGCAGGUGGAAGUUUUUUCACUUGGGGUUGAGUAAUCAACAAAAUUGGGCAAUCUUCAACAACUUCAAGAAUCAAAUUCGUGUAGGCUGAAAUUUGAAUUGAAACAAGAUGUAUUUUUAAACAUAUUUUGGGACAAGUCCUAUGAGGACUAUGUGACUUUUCUCUCAUGUGCGAUAUAUAUGGUCAGAAUCUGGCAGCGAGAGUUGUCACGUGAUUCGCAAAUGAAUGAAUGAAUGAAUGCAUAAUCUACUGCACAACAACUACCAUAUGAAAGAUAUAAGAACUUUUUUUCUCGUUUUUUUUUUGAAAUAGAAAAAUGUCGAGGUCUACUUUCCCACAGUUGUACUGCAGGACCACUUCGGUCUUGCUCCUGUGCAAGUACUUGAGCAUCUGCUCGACGCUCGUUGCUUUGAAACCCGUCGCACCACCAGCAAGUUUCCAUCUUCAAGACUGGCUUGGGCGUUUGAAAGUUAAUGUGCCACCAGACGCUCAGAUGAUGGGUCUAGGAACUACUGCUCAAGGUGGUACGUGCGAUAACUUUCGCGUUCCUUCUUUUAGUAUUAUUCCGAGUUAUGACGCGAAAAAUCGGACGUCGUAUGGACUUGCGUUGGCAGUGUCUGGUGUGGAAGCCGGAUGUCAGAUACCUUUGAAGCGUGGUGGCGAGGGUGGUGCGAAGCUUUCGUCUUCUUUGUCUUCCGUGGAGGCCUUCACCAUGCAUCUCAGUGUCAAAAGUGGGAGAGUAUCUCUGGAUGUCCGUGUGGAAAACGCAGAGCCUUUUCCUGGUGCAGGAAAAUUAUUUCCGCAUUCGGUGGCAGUGACGGCUUGCAAUUUUGUGCCCAACAUAGAAAAGCUGUGGUUUACUGGGGAGAAUGCGACGUUGGUGGAGGAGUUGAACAAAGUGGAAGCCCCGAUGCUAUGA